AUGGCAUUAGUCGGCUAUUCAGUGUUGAAUGUCAAGGCUCAAACAUCCAAGGCCAAGGCCAAGGCUUUAAUACCCAAGGCCAAUGCUUCAAUACCAAAGACCAAGGCCAAGGGGGACUUACAACGCUCCCUUUCUACCGGUAGUACUACCCUUAAACUCAAGGUCCUUGAAGACGCCAAAAGCGCCCUUAAGGACGAGCUACAAAAGCUCAAAGAGGACUCCAAAUCUGCCACUCAGAAAUUGGCCCUUGAUUUACAACAGGCUGUGAACCAGAAUGCAUUUCUAACCAAACAGCUUGGAGAUCUGCACCGGAAACUUUCUCUUCUUGAUCAGGUACUAGAAGAAUGCCGUCAGUUGAGAGAAGACUUCACGGACCAGCGCCAAAUCCUUCACUCAACGAUCGCCGAAAGAGACUGGCUAAGAGACUCUGUCAUUAAAUUGAACAGUGACAUAGCACUGAUGCAGUCAUCUGAGGAAAAGCGUAAGCAGUUGGAGAGAGAUUACGAGGAGGCACUUAGAGACCUGGAGGAAAGGCAGAGUGAGAUUAGGAGAUUGCAGAUGGCUCAGGAUGAGGUUAUGACUCAGAACCGAGAUGUUGUAGCCAGACUAGAGCACAAGGUCCAGAACUUGGAGAUGCAAUGGAUAGAGACCCGUCAGAACUCUGGAAGGAAUGCUGCUGAGCUGAGUGGUCUACGUCAGCAAACACACUCACAGUUACAAACGCUUCAAUCUUCAGCAUCUAGAUCAUCAACAGGACAGAACUUGGGUUCAUCAACAGUGAGAAGCAAAGAAACUGAAAAGGAAGAUUGGAAGAAGAUAGCAGAAGAGGCUGUUGUGACUAGGACGCCCUCACAGGUGACGGCAGCUGCUUCUGGUUCGAAACUAAAAUCACAAGAUGCAGCUGAUUUAUCCCAAGCUUCUGAGAGCUCACAAAGGUCUGCAGCAAGAAAUGGUCAGACGGAUUCUAUCAGUGAGCCGGGGGAUCUCCUAGACGAGCUAAGUGACAAGAUAGACCAGGUCUUGCUUAAUAAACUUCACCAUGCUUCUGUUUCCUCUGGACCAAUCAGCAAGCUUGCUGUGUUCAUUGCCCGCUACAACUAUGACCCCUUCCAAGACUCCCCAAAUGACAACUCUGAUUCUGAGCUUCCACUAACAGCUGGCGACUAUAUUUAUGUAUAUGGUGAUCCUGAUGAGGAUGGUUUCUAUGAAGGUGAGCUAAUGGACGGUAGGAGAGGUCUAGUCCCAUCAAAUUUCAUUGAGAGAAUAGCAGAGGAAAAUCUUCCAGACUUUAUGCAAUACAAUGGCUCACAGGGGGACGACACAGACAGCAGCAGUCAAAAGAUUGCUCCAAAGGCCACACCCUUGGUUGCCAAGGUACCACCCAUCAAAACCACUACCAUAGCAACCAGCGAAGACACGCCCAAAGCAUCUGCAAUCAAUGAAGAAGAAGAUCCUUUGAGUGAUCUUGACUUCAACAGUGAAGAUACAGAUGCAAGGCAUUCAAAUAUCAACCAUUUUUCAGGUGAUCUAGGAUUUGCUCGUGCUCAGAGUGAUCAUCCAAGUGAUCUAGAAGAUAUCCCAGAAGUAGAUGAAGAUGAUGAUAACCAUCAUGUAGCUGGUCGUCAUGGUGAUGAUGCAAGCCUCGCAUCCUUUAGUGAUUUUGGCAGUGAUGUGUCUUAUGUUGUCCCCUUUCCUAGGAAGCUUUCUCUAGAUCGUCAAUUGAAGCACAGUGUCAUCAUGUCGUGGGUAGCGCCUGACACUGUCACCCUACAGGAGAUCCAGGAGUUCCGAGUCUAUGUUGAUGGUCAGUACCGUACUGCCACCAAGCAGGGAGCCAAGACAAGGGCUUUGGUGGAGAAUGUAGAGCCGACAGGGACGUACAGGAUCUCAGUACGCACUGUCACAGCCAAGGGCAUGUCUGAGGAAGCAGCAUGUAUGCUGGUCAUAGGCAGGGAUGCUGUGAUGGCACCUACUAAUCUGAAAGCUUCCAAUGUUGGCCCUAGUUCAGCCAAUAUAAGCUGGCUUCCAGCUAAUAGUAAUCUUCCACAUGUCGUCUCCGUCAAUGGUGAGGAGGUACGAAUCAUCAAACCGGGCAUCUACAAGUAUUCACUUUCAGGUCUCCAGCCACUGUCAGUAUACAGGGUCAAUGUAAGGGCCAAGAGUCGUCGCCAGACUGCUGUGCCAGAUAAUCCUCAAGCAAGCAAAAACUCUGUAGAGAUUGAGUUCAAAACUCUUCCAGGAGGAUUACCUGAUGCACCUCUAGAUGUCCAGGUCAGACAAGCAACCAAUGACUCAUUAGUGUCUGUUGAAUGGUUACCGGUUACCAUAACAACAUCAAGUCUUUCAAAUGGUGCUGUCAUCAUGGGAUAUGCUGUCUACAUCAACAAUAACAAAGUGGCAGAAACGAUGUCUCCUACAGCUGACCGUGUGAACAUUCCAAAGUCUAAGCUACGCAUGCUAUCAGCAAAGGAGCUGGUUGUGAGAACAUUGUCUCCCAAUGGGUGUUCUAAUGACUCCUUACCAGCAAAGAUCUCAUCAGAACUCCUUGAAGAAUCAAGAAAAGACAAAAUUACAGGAAAGGUCAUAUCAGGAGGCAAGCGUCGAAAGAAAGUCACUUUUGAUGAUGAGGAUCCUCUUGCCAAAGCAGCUAUGUAUGCUAAUGCUGAUGAUGAGGAUAGUUCUACAAGUAGUACAAGCAGGAGUAUAUCAGGUCGAAGGUCAUCAGAGGAAGAUAGCAUGCAGAAAAGCAGUCUAAAGAGCUCUUUAAAAGCAGACGGGUCUCCAAAGGAGGAUGCUCUACCACUCAAGCCCAUCAUGAAAACUGAGAAACCAGGUGCAUUGAGAGAAUCUGACUACAUGUCAGACAGCGAUCGUUCUGAGCUAUCUGACAUCCAGGAAGAAGUUGAGGAGGAGCUCUCAGAGUUUGGAAAUGCCAGUCUUCCUGGUCUUAGUGAUAGCAGUGAAGGUAUGAGGUCAUCUGGUAGGAGAAGGAUGCGAGGGGAUGAUGAGAAGAGAAAAGUCCAGGAGACACUUCAAGUGCUGCAGUACAACACCAAGCCAUCGCUAGACUUUGACACAGACCCAGAGGUAGAGUCUCUCAACAAACCAGACAAAGUAGUACCUAUCCCCAUCAUACGAUCUCAGAGGGACUAUGAAAGAGAGACAGAACAAUCCCCUCACAAUCCAGUGGUAGAACCCGUACCGUGGAAACCAGCAAAGAAAGUUCCACAAAUUGAAAUAACCAAAGAUGCCAAUAAUGAACAUUUAAAAGCUGCUUCCCGUAAAACAGACUUGUACAAUCCUGAGAAAAGAACUGAAGUAGUUGGUACGAACUCGGUCUCGUCUGCCUCAAACUCACUGCCAAUGGCUUCACUGAGGUCAGACCCAAGGGGUCAAUCAAGGACACAGGGUCAAAGGUCAAACUCACAAUGGAACCCUUCAUCAGUAGCGAGUAGUAACAGCGAUGUUGGGAGUUUUGAUAAAAACUAUGAUGCCAAAUCUAAUAAUGAUAGACAUCAUCGUCAAGCGGAUGGGAGACCUCAGAGUGAAUCAAGCAGUCAUCGACGAAGCGAGAGCAGCGAAAGGACCCGCCAUAGUAGACACAGUGACAGUCUAAGAACACCUGAAAGCAGUCUGAGUCUUCAGAGAUCAUCAAGAGGUUCUCGAUCAGAGGAAACAUUUGAUGAUGAAGAGGAGGGAUUCUCAGGAAGUGAACCUGAAGAAUUGUUUGAUGAUGGAACAAUAAGAUAUUUCAUUGCUAUAUUUGACUACAAUCCUGCUAUUAUGUCACCCAAUAUUGAUGGUGCUGAAGAGGAAUUAUUCUUGAAGGAAGGAGACAUGCUGAAGAUCAUUGGAGAUAAAGACGCCGAUGGAUUCUUUGUUGGUGAGAUGAAUGGUCGCCGUGGUUACGUACCAUGCAACAUGGUUGAGGAGAUUGAAAGUCCAGAGCAGACGCCUUUAGCAAAGCGAGGAGAUUUAUCACAGAGCCAUGAUAGGUCAAGAUUCAAUGACAGUCUGAACACAACUGGUAGUAGCCAAGUCAACAUGUAUGACAGUCUGCCUUCCAACGGACAGCUGGUUAUUCCCAAGGAUGCUACACCCCACCACAUGAGGGCGCUCUUUGACUAUAACCCACAGGAACUGUCUCCGAAUCCUGACCUUGAUAUGGAGCUCAGCUUUCGUCAGGGUGAUAGCCUGAUGGUUUAUGGAGAGAUGGAUGAAGACGGCUUCUUUAUGGGGGAGCUUAGAGGUAAAAGAGGACUGGUGCCUUCCAACUUCCUUGAAGAAGUGUCUGACAUCGACUCCAGCACGACUUCACACUCUUAUAGCCCUGCCUUCAACAGAAACAAAGAGAAUAAACAACAAUCCACCAAAGACAAGUACGCAGUCCCAGCCCAGCAGCAGGAGAACGGCGAAGCGCAGUACCACGGGAGUGAGGUGACCCAAGUCAUUUCAGACUCAGCAGAACAGACAUCCAUAACAUCCACUCCAGAGCACUCCAAGAAGAAGAAGGGUCUGCUGUCCAAGGGCAAGGCUCUCUUCAAGAAACUUGGAAGCUCGGAUAACAAGCAGAAACAUAAAUGAUGGGAUGGCACGCUGCUGAAGGAGUUGCAAGGAAACCCAAGAUGGCUCUGACCUUGUGAGGAUUAUUGAGAUGGUCAAAGUCCAUGAGGGACUAGCAUGAAUCCUACAUCUCUCCAUAUCUGCUUGCAACAGAGAAAGACCAAUCAUGGUAGAGAUCAGUAUCCAGGAGAGGUGCCCUUGAAACCAAGGUCCUAACUGUAAUGGCUUGAUUGCUAGUAUUUCCUCAAGAAUGUUGAUAUACCACAGAGAAAUUCAAAGUGCCCAGAUGCCAAGUGUCUUCUUUAAAUCAAAAUUGAAGCUGUUGUCGGCUAUCUAUAUUUAGCCGAGUCUGGUGAUAUCUGAAUCCAUAGUCUACUGGAACGAGGUGUUCACUGUGUAAAGCCUGUAGGAAUUAUAAAAUGAUGGUGAUAUAUGAACCCAUAGCCUACUGGAACAAGGUGAUCCCUGUGUAAAGCCUAUAUGAAUUAUAGAAUACAGUAGUCACCGGGUUAACUUGUGAAGGACAUGGGCAAUGAAGGAUGAUAUGUCUGGUCGGAAAUCCUCUUCACCAAAAGAUAAUCAACUUACUAGUAGAGCAGGCUAGAUUCAAAAGUAAAAAAGGUAUUGUUUAGGUGGUUGUUUAUGCUGGACAUUCUAAGAGGGUUGUCUGUGCAGUUCCCUAAAAAAUUAUUAAUGUGGACAAACUAUAUGACUCGAAACAAAUAUGGUUGCCAGUGGCAAUCAUAUAAUUUGUACGUGAAUUGUGUAUUGGAUGAAUAAUAAUAUAAAUACUUUCAAUAUUUGAAUAGUUUGUCAAGAAUUGUAAUUUGUCAACAUCAUGCAAGUGUGUAUUGAACCAGUGCAGUUGAUGGUUUAUAACCAUAACUCUAGAUGUUUUCAAAAAGAGGAUGAUUUUGAAAACUAUUUUCAAUAUUGGAAAUAAAAUCCAAAUUAAUAAUGCUCAAUGAAUGCUUUGAGACCGUGCUGAUGAUGAAUGCUGUGCCAAAAUUGAACAGAAAAGCUCAUCAAAUUUUCAACACUUUAGUGCCAUAUAAUUUUAAGACUGUUAGUAAAAUCAUUGGUUCCUUUAUGCAUUUACUUCUACUUAAAUUUGAUAAAUUCCUUGAUGAAGUUGUAUAGAUAGUCUUCUUUCUUCUUCCUCCCCCCCUUCUUGUUGACCAAUAUCUUUAGUACAUUGGCCUUCCCUUUCUUCUCUCUCACUCUCCCACAGCUUCUCUCUUUCUUUCUCACUCUCUGUCUCAUUUGAAUUACUCUAACAUUCAGUUCAAAAGGUGCUUGAUGUAAUUCAUUUGACAUCCUACCAUUCUCAAUGCAUUUUAUGCCUGUAAUAAUCAUGAUUAUGUAAGACAAGUUUACAGAAUGAUGAUCAUUAUAGUAAUCGUAAUUCCUAUACACUCACAUUACUAGCCAACCAUUUGACAAAUAAACAGAGUUAUAAGAUUGGAUGCAUCCAGUGUGCUAUGCUCAUAGUAAAUGCUAUUGGAUAUUCAUUAUGUACCUCAUUGUAUUUCGGAAAAUCUUGUAUCUCGAGAAUUCUGAAGAAAAAAAAAGAUUAUCAACUCAAAUGCAUAUUUCCUUGUGCCUGAUUUCCCUUCAAUUUUUCCUUAGUUGAUUGAAUGUACAAUUCUACAAGAUGGAUGUUGAGUUUCUUAUAUCAUCAUUACAAUUUCUGUCUCUUUUUCUGCUGAAGUAUCUCCCAUAUUGAGUAGCUUCAAGUUCUGGGUCCAUGAUUGUAUUGAAUAUGCUGGCUUUUGGUAUGCAGGCCUCAUGUUUUGAAUGCAAAAAAAGUGUUGGCAGUCUACAGCAUCCAGUUUGAGAAGAUUGUUGCCUCUACAUCUAGCUGCAUUCAUGAAAACUUACAUGUAAAUCAUAUUAAAUAACAGUAGAUUUAUCAAGAUAUUUAUUUUAGAAAAUCAUUGUAGCAGAUUUACUCUCUUUUAUGAAGUUAUAGACAGCAAUAUACUUUUAUUCAUUUGCUGUCAUGUGAUUCAAUAGAAACUGAAUUUGUUUGUUCAAAAUAUGAAGGCUUUUCUUUUAAUGUCCAAGUAUUGCUUUAUUUGACAAAGAGGGAAGUAAUUAUUAAGUGGAUAUAUAAUCAUGUAACUGGUAAUAAAAAGUACUAAAUCAGAGUUAUGUGAAUGUUAUGCAAAGCUCAUAUAAUUUCUUGGUAUUGCAUGCUUACAAACAAUCAUGUUUAAGUCAUUGAUUCUUGCCAUUUAAACUUCCGAAUGAUCACCAAUAUCAUACAUGUGUUGCCUGUGUUAUUGGUCAAUUCCAUGAAUACUUUGGAAUCAGGAGUAGAAAAUUAAUACAUUCCUACGAUACCUUGUGUGUAAUGUACUAAAUACGCAUUCCAGUGCAGCGUACUGCCAUGAUUAUGCCAAUUUCUUCACUUAUAUGAAGAUAGUUAUGAAUGAUGAUAUAUAAAUUAUGUAGUAUGUUAAAAGCCUAUAGAGCGCUAUGUCCAUGAUGUAAUCUUCUCUGAUAGGCAGGUAUUUCUUAAAUGAAUGUGUUUUUAUUAUACUUGUGCAUUGAAUUGUGCAUUAGAUAUUUGAUAGAAUGUAUUUAUUUUAUCUUAUUUACAUCCUUUAGUGUGUAGCUUUGAUAACAGGAUGGGGGGUAUGAUACUUUACAACAGCAUAAUGGGAUGUAUGUUUGAAGAUUGAUUAUUAAAUGAGGAGAUGUAGGAUUAACGUUUCAAGAAUGGAAUUGAAGUUAAUCUGUUGCCUACUAGAUUUGGAAAGUCUCUGUACAAUGCAUACGAGAUGACAGAGUACAGCAAGGGAUCAAAGCACUUCCUUGUUGGCUAAUGUCAAGCUCUAGGUUUGCCAUCUCCUUAUCAAAACACUCCUGCAAAUCAGAAUUCACAAAUCACAUAACUUCAUAAUUACAAUCGAUAUAACUUAGAGCUUUGGAAUGUGAUCUUGAAUUUGACUGUGCAUAAUCAUUUCAAAUCUCUCUCGGUCAUUAUUUUGAAUCGACUAAAAUACCAGUCACUGCUAGGUCAAAAAAAAUCUCACAAGAUAGGGGGAAAAUGGUGAACCAUAAUGCGUUUUUUUUUGUGUGAAAAUGUGCUUGCCAGGGUGUAAAGUCAUAGAAAACGAUGAAAAUGGCUUAGGCUUGUUUUGAAAGUUAAUCAUCUGCGAAAUAUACUGAAUGAAUUAGUAGCAAACAAUAAAAUGAAUUGUAUUUUAAGGACAUGUUGAAGAAGUAGUGUAUUGUCAUCCAGAUUGUUAUUUUGAAUGCUAAGAUUAUUAUUAUUUUAUCCUGAUAAGUUGUCUUCCUCCUAGAUGUAUAUCUGACCAGCCUUUAUAUGUAAUGAAUUGAGAUGUAGUUUUCUUAUAUUUAUGCCAUGCAAAGUGUAUGUGAAAAAGUGUAUACAUAUAUGUACAUAUGUAAAUGAUAAAUUAACUAGAAGUGUAUAUAUUGCAUUGUAAAAUACAGACUACAAUUUUUAUGUUCUUAUUAUUUCUACUUUCUUCUUCAAAUGCCUUGGUGUACAAACAAGUGAUGUGAAAAAUUUCUUCUUAUUUUUAUUUUACAUAUAUGCUCACAAAACCUUGUUUAUUUCAUUUUGAUCUUUCUUUUCUUUUGCAACUUGUGCUAUUGUUUUGGGACCUCAAUACCGCAGACAGAAAAAGCUGCUACAUAGUUUUAGAAAUUAUGGCAGUUUUCAUGAUAUUAAGUCAUACCAGAUGUGUGCAGAUCAAAAGAUGUAGUAACUUUCAAUUUUAAGUAUAUUUGGUAUUUCAAAAAAUGAAUUAAAGAUAAAGUUUUAUCAAUUUCAGGACAAAGAAGUAAAUCAAAGGAAUCCGUACCAAACUUGAAUCAUUUUAUAUCAUAAUUUUAAUCUUUUGUCAAAUUAUGCCCUCUCACUUGGAACAUUAUUCGACAUUUCAUAAUAGAUAUAAAUGGAGUCUACAUGAUAUAAUACUUCGUAUUCAAGUAGGACAAAAGAAAUAUUCAGUUUGGGUAUCAAGUCAUCAGUUUAGCCAUUUACAGUGUUAUUGGAUAAUGACAGCCUGUUUUAUUCCACAUUUCCUCCAAUUUUAGAGAGUCCUAGGACCAAUAUGGUAUUAAUUCAGGGUCAUUUUGGUUUUUGGCAUAAUUGAGUGCUUUCAUUACCUCUGCAACUAAUGACAUAUUGUUUUGUGCUUCAUGUUUUGUUUAUCUCAUCCUUGUUUAUCAAAACCAUUCCUAUGGUAUAUAUUUGACAAUAUUUCACGAAGAAAGAAUAGUGCUCUUUUACUGUUAAAAAGAAAAUUACCUACAGUCAGUUGAAUUUCUGUAGCCUCGACCAAUCAUUAGAUUCAUCCACUCUUUGAUGAAAGUGUUCUAUAAUACACAGCUGUGGUCUUUAAAGGAGAAUAUUAGAUUUAACAUUGAAACCUACUGUUGAAUCAUCUGCAAUUACAUUCUAACAUUAUUUCGUCAUUCACACGAAUUAUUUAUCAUUUAUAUUUUCCAGGUGCUAAAGGAAUUAUGUUAUUGAACGUUUGUGUCAUUAUUUGGUAUUUAUUUAUUUUGUGUUGUGUUAUCAAGUUUUCUCUUUGCUGUGGUUCUCAAUUCUAUGUUUGUUUUGUUUCAUUUUGGGUAUUUUUAUUUAUUUUUCAUCCUUUUUUUUUUUGGGGGGGGGGGCUUGUUAUUGCAGAGCUUUAUUUGAUCUCUCUGCUGGAGAAUAGAGAUGGCAUUAUGUAUACAAUUCCACAAUGAAAAAGAAACAUUAAUGUGUUUUACUUGUAUUUUUUAAUCAUUUUUUGCUAGAUGGUCAAUAGAGGACAACAAAGUAGGAGUUGAAAUGAAAAAUACAAAUAAUUUUUCUACAGAAUUGGACUUAUAAUUUAGGAGAAAUACCAAUCAUGUUCUGGAUAUGAUUGUGAAGUCGCAUAUAGGAAUAUGUUCCCUUUUUAAUUAUGUAUGUAGUACAUGAGUGUGUGUGUACUUUUCUGUUUCUUAUACUAUGGCUUUUUUCAACAAAUCAAGAAAUGAUUUAUUUAAUGAAUAUAAAUCUGAAAUGAAA